AUGCCGACUCCAUUCGAGUUCCGUAAACGGUACCGAAAUUUCGUCGGUACUCAGGUUAGCAAAAGGCCUAGUAGCUCUGCUAGCCCGAUCCCUCCGCCGACAGGGAUACAGGCUUCAACAUCAAACUCUACAUUGGCAGUCAACAAUCCGCCUUCGCCGAGUCCAUUGCCCCCACCGGUUCCGUUGCCUGUGCAAAGAGAAAAUCCCGCCUUUGCCCUGGCUCUGAAAAAACACAUAGACGGUCUUUCCCCCGAGGAGCGACGAGUAUUCAACAACAGCAAUAUUACUAUCACAUCGGAUAGCCUCAUAGAAAGAAUUAAGGACUACGAUGAAACCCACAAAGGCUCGAGUAAUGCUCGCAGAUGGGCAUCUCGAAUCCAGGGAUUUUUAACCGCUGUUGACGGAUAUCUAAAACCAUUAUCGAUCAUGAUCGCACACAGUCCAGAGAUUUCUUCACUUGUUGUAGGGGGCGCGAAGCUCAUUAUCCAACUCGGACUGAGAUUUAUAAACUUCUUCAAUAAGCUGGCUGAGAUGAUGGAGCACUUGACCGGCCACUUAGGAUACCUAUCUCGAUAUGCCGACUACUUUAACGGAUCUAAGCUAAUACAAGAGGCACUUUCUGCUGCAUAUGGUGAUCUACUCAAGUUCUUCACAGGCGCAAGGGGGGUUUUCGUAGAUGAUAAGGGGAACCCCAGACGCUGGGUAUCAUUCCGAGUAUUCUUGCAGAUUACAUGGGAACCAUUCGAGGAUAAUUUCAAUUGUUUGCUCUCCGAAUUCAGGAAUCAUGUUGAAAUCGUGGUUCGGACAGCUUCUAUCGAAGAAUAUGAAUACCUACGCUCCGAAAAGCGAUUGGAGGAGGAGGAAAAAGAGGAUGAUAUCCGACAUAAAGUGCUAUCAUGGCUCUCAGAAUUGGACUUUGACCAUGAUCAUAACCGGAUAUUUUUGAAAAGGUAUCAGGAUACUGGGGACUGGCUUGUUGGGUCUCCGAAGUUUAAACAAUGGGAUGAUUGCAAAGAGUCUUCUUUAUUAUGGUGCCACGGAAGUCCUGGCGUUGGAAAGUCAGUUUUAGCAUCUCUUGUCCUAGAAACAAUUUCGACUAAAUAUUCUUUGGAUAGCCGGACUGGUCUCGCAUUUAUAUAUUUCAAUUUCCAGGAUCAAGGAUCUCAAAAAUACCUCAAAAUCAUUUCCACAAUCAUCAAACAGCUUGCUCGCAAAAAGAAAGUUCUACCAAGCGGCCUCAGACAAUUAUAUAAAACGUACCAUCGCGAUGCAAGAUUUCCAACCGAAGAGAAGCUCGAAUCUCAGUUUUUGGAUAUAUCGAAAACCUUCGAUCAAGUAUUUAUUAUCAUGGAUGCAAUGGACGAAUUCGAGGAACGAAAGGAAUUUCUCGCCAUGAUUGAAAAGUUUACUAAGGACUCUUCUAUGAGAUUCAAGGUCUUUGUGACGAGUCGCAGGGAGGGGGACAUUGAAGACGCUUUCACUCGGUGUGGAUUCUCCGUAAUCCAGAUUGAGGUAACAAAGGCCGACGCCGAUAUCGCCACCUUUGUUAAUUAUGAGGUCGAAAGGCGAACAAAAGAAAUGAGAGGGGUUACCAUUAGUCAAGAACUCAAGGAAAGAAUCAUAGGCACCCUAACAUCUAAAUCGGGUGGGAUGUUUUUAUGGGUUAAAUACCAAUUGGAUUAUAUUUACGAGCAACCAUCGGCCAAAGAUAUUUCCAUAGCUCUGGACACACUUCCGGUAGACAUGAAUGCAACGUACACCCGAAUUUUAAGAAGAAUCGACAAACAGGUUCCGGCCAAACGCGAGAUGGCCCGACAGGCUUUGAUGUGGGUCAUUUGCGCUAAAAGGCCGCUCAGCCAUAAAGAACUAGCAACCGCGGUUUCUAUCAAACCCGAAACAACAAAACACAGAGACUUGAAUCGGGUAGACGGCGCAGAAAUACUUCUCGAAGCCUGCUGUAAUCUGAUUAUUUUUGAGGGUGGUUAUUUUCGGCCUUUUCAUUACACGGUCCAAGAAUUCCUCACUUCCAUCGAUUCAAAGUUAAUUGAUAGCGUUGAUAUGACCUUUCUCCAAAAAUACGAAAUUACCAUAAAUAACCACGCAGAACUGGCAAAAAUCUGCCUCCAAUAUCUGUUAUUACCGGAAUUGGGCCGUGGAGAUAAUUGGUACAUGCUCGAGGGAUAUUUCCCACUGAUAAAAUAUGCAGCAGGUUUUUGGCAUAAGCAUGUCCACGACCUUCCUGAAUUACCAGAGCCCUUGGCUGGUUUAGUUGACAAGUUUUUCGAUAAUAACCAUGGAAAUAAUCUUCUAGCGGCUUUUCAGAUGGCUAGAAUGGAAUUUCGGGGGGCGGUGUCUAUCAACUCGUUGAAUUAUUGCUUAUCAUUCAAUAUUCUUCACCUCUUCGAAAGAUCUCAUCAAUUAGAGACUUCGAUCGCCAACCAUGAGAGUUACAAAGAAGCCCUACACCACGCUGCCUACGGAGGAUCAACACCAACCGUCGAACGCCUUGUGGAGAGAGGAUUCUCGAUCAAUUCUUACGACCAUAGAAAACAUACUCCACUGUGUCUUGCUGCUUCAGCUGGGAACACGGAGACAUCAAUGUUUCUAAUAGAGAAGGGGGCAGAUCUUUCUAUAGAGUGUGGGGAUUAUGGCAAUGCCCUGCAAGCAGCUGCAUUUGGAGGGCACCUAGAGACCGUACAGAUGUUCCUGGAUCGAGGGGCUGAUGUCAACGCUCAGGGUGGAGAGUACGGCAAUGCCCUGCAAGCAGCUGUACAAGGAGGGCACCUAGAGACCGUACAGAUGCUCCUGGAUCGAGGGGCUGACGUCAACGCUCAGGGUGGACGCUACGGCAAUGCCCUGCAAGCAGCUGCACAAGGAGGGCACCUAGAGACCGUACAGAUGUUCCUGGAUCGAGGGGCUGAUGUCAACGCUCAGGGUGGAUUCCACAGCAAUGCCCUGUAUGCAGCUGCAGAAGGAGGGCACCUGGAGACCGUACAGAUGCUCCUGGAUCGAGGGGCUGAUGUCAACGCUCAGGGUGGACGCUACGGCAAUGCCCUGCAAGCAGCUGCAUUUGGAGGGCACCUAGAGACCGUACAGAUGCUCCUGGAUCGAGGGACUGAUGCUCAGGGUGGAAAGUACGGCAAUGCCCUGCAAGCAGCUGCAUUUGGAGGGCACCUAGAGACCGUACAGAUGCUCCUGGAUCGAGGGACUGAUGCUCAGGGUGGAGAGUACGACAAUGCCCUGUAUGCAGCUGCACAAGGAGGGCAAUUGGAGACCGUACAGAUGUUCCUGGAUCGAGGGGCUGACGUCAACGCUCAGGAUGGAGAGUACGGCGAUGCCCUGUAUGCAGCUGCAGAAGAAGGGCACCUGGAGACCGUACAGAUGCUCCUGGAUCGAGGGGCUGAUGUCAACGCUCAGGGUGGAUUCUACGGCAAUGCCCUACAAGUAGCUGCACCAGGAGGGCACCUGGAGACCGUACAGAUGCUCCUGGAUCGAGGGGCUGAUGUCAACGCUCAGGGUGGAUUCUACGGCAAUGCCCUGCAAGCAGCUGCACAAGGAGGGCGCCUAGAGACCGUACAGAUGCUCCUGGAUCGAGGGGCUGAUGUCAACGCUCAGGGUGGAUUCUACGGCAAUGCCCUGCAAGCAGCUGCACAAGGAGGGCGCCUAGAGACCGUACAGAUGCUCCUGGAUCGAGGGGCUGAUGUCAACGCUCAGGGUGGAUUCUACGGCAAUGCCCUGCAAGUAGCUGCACAAGGAGGGCACCUGGAGACCGUACAGAUGUUCCUGGAUCGAGGGGCUGAUGUCAACGCUCAGGGUGGAGAGUACGGCAAUGCCCUGCAAGCAGCGCGUUACUCGAACUGUCAAGAUGUUCUUGAGUUGCUUGUGAAAGCCGGGGCCCGCGAAGAUAUCUCAAAUGAGGGACGCUCGAACUCUUAA